AUGUCAGCACCAUCGUCGUCUUCCACUCAAUCAUCAACCACAUCGAAUACUACGUCAAAUGGAGGAGGUCGUCUGCGGUUUCGUGGUGAUGCAGCGAGCUUUUCACCUCGGCAUUACCCGGCUUACCACUAUGCUCAACAACCUUAUUCUCCGCAUAUGCCGAAUAAGCUGUAUAUACCACCGCAGAUGCAACAACUUACGCCACAGCAGCAGCAACAACAGCAACAACAGUUUUACAUGCAAUAUGGCAAUUUUGGCUACCCCGUGAUGACAAAUCCAAUGUACAUGUAUGUUCCAUACCCUCAAGAAUUAUACCAACAACAACAACAGCAGCAACAACAGCAACAACCGCCUCAACAAGCUUUUAUGAUACCACCAGCUUUUACACCACAGCCACCUACUCCUCUACAGCCACAUCAUCAACCACCACAAAUUCCUAUUCCGGUCCCACAUCCAAAUCAACAUUCUCAUCCAUACUCUCACCCUCAACUGCAACUGCAACUGCAACUGCAAUUACACAACGCACAGCAAUUUGCACCACAGUCACAACCUCAGCAUCAGACAUACCCAUCACCUUCUUUAAAACUGAAGUAUCAUACAGAAACUCUGAUAUCAUCAGAGUCAGUUGAAUCUGCAGCUGUUAAGAAGAAUGAAACCCAAUCUGAUACCACAAAUAUGCCAGCACAUUCAACUUCUUCUUCUCCCCAAGCACCACUGGAUAAAGACAUACAUCUGUCGACAAACACGACUCCACAAAUGGAUAUAAAGCAACAAAGUGCGGGAGAUAAAAUAACACCAGAAGAAAGGAAGGAAGUAGAAAGCAAGGAACAAGUGGUAGAUUCCUCUAAACUCAAUGGACACAAAGAAACAAAAGAGUCAAAGCCUAUAGAAGCCAAAUUUCCCUUGUACAUAAAUGAAAACAAAUCAAACUUCUCCAACAUCUUUCCCAUAACGGAGGAAAAUAGAAAAAUAAAUGACAUUGACAGGUUGAACAACUUGAAUAACAAUGUCCCAAAAGAAAAGAAGAUCAUCAUUUGUCCUAACUACACAAAGGUUUUCGACAUCAAUACAACAGAAACCUACGUCACUAACGGUAGAAACAUUAAGCAAGAAGCCGAAAAAGUAGAACCACAACCUCAGCCAGCGAAUCAACCACCAAGCACUAAUUGGGCUUCUGUAUUGCAAUCGAGUGCACCACAAACACCAGCAAAAAGAAUAACUAAACCAAGGACCACAUCUACAAAACCAGCAACUAUUGAUCAAACAGGCACUAGUCCUACCACCAAGUCGCACUCAUCAACACCCGAGUUCAAUUUUGACUCAGAAUCUGCAUACCCAUUGGGAAUAUUGCUACUCAAAGUCAUGUUUGACAGCAACUACUCGCUAUCAAACGAAUUCCCAGUAUUUGAUGUAAAGCCAAAAGGAUUGACAAACACAGGCAAUAUAUGUUUCAUGAACUCGAUCCUUCAAUCUUUACUUUACUGUCAACCAUUUAAUAAACUACUCAAAUUAAUCGAAACCAAGUCAAUUGGAGAUUUAGUAGUGUCAUCACAGCCAUUAAUAGAUGCUACUAUCAAACUAUAUAACGAAUUCAAGCCCAGUGAGAACAAAUUGCCGGUUUCAAUAGAGCCGUUUUAUGCAGCAUUAUCUAAACAUAAGAAAUUCCAACAUUUAAAAUGGGGACAACAAGAAGAUGCUGAAGAGUUUUUAGGGUAUUACCUCGACGCAUUGAAUGAAGAAAUGAUUUUUGCUUUGAAAAAGUUAAACACGCCACAAGUGGACCAGUUGAUCCAGUCAUAUACACAAGACGAUGUUGCCAAAUUCAAGUACAACGUCAAAACAUGCAUUAAAAGGAUAAAGAAGGAUGAGCAAGGAGAGGAAGAGAGUGAAUGGAACGAAGUAGGAGGUAAGAAAAAUAUAACCAAGAUUGAAGUUGAUCCUACGCCCUUGAAUAUGAUUUUUGGUGGAGAGUUCAAGUCAGUAAUUACCCUCCCUAAAGCAUCAUCAUCCACUUUCCAAAAAUCAAUUACAUUGGACCCUUUCCAACAUGUCCAACUUGACAUUUCAAAUUCAAAUUCAAUAGAAGAGGCAUUUAUCCAUUUAAAUGAAAUAGAAACCAUAUCAUAUAAAGGAAACAAUAAUAAAGAAGUUGAGGUUAAAAAGCAAACAUUUAUUGAAAAAUUACCUCAAGUUUUGAUUAUCCAUUUGAAAAGAUUUAGUUAUUCCAAGGAUCAAGAAAAUGCUAUAGAAAAAUUGGCUAAAAAUAUAACUUAUGACCAUACAUUAACAAUACCCAAUGAAAUACUAUCAUCACCCCCACAGCCAACGCUAUCAAGCUCCAAUCAAUAUCAAUUGACUUCCGUUGUUUACCACCAUGGAUCAAGUGCUGAUGCUGGACAUUAUACCAGUGAUACGUUUGAUUUUGAAAAUAACCAAUGGUGGGAAAUCGAUGAUACAAUUGUCAAACCAAUUAAAGAGGAUGAAGUGUUGAGCUCGGGUAUCAACAAUGCAUAUAUAUUAUUGUAUAGUAAGAUUAAUUAA